GCAGGGCUAGCGCAAACCGUGGCUGAGCUUCUUUCCAAUUAUCAGCCGGCGUCAAGUGAGCGUCGGCCGUUCUACUGUCGGAUUUGCCGAUUUCAGGGUCAAUCCCUCGAGGAUCUAGCGCAUCACAAGAAAGGAGAAUUACACCGCUUGGCCCAAGAGAGCGAACGAAAACUCUCCUUUUGCCGACUGUGUCGCAAGCAAUUUACCAGCAUGGAGCAAAUGAAAAGUCAUUUGAAAGGGAAGCCCCAUCAAGAGCUUCUCAUGAAAAGGAG